GCGACAGGAACCUGCAGCCUCCUUUUUAGUCUUCAUAUCUACACCAAAACAUAACGGACAGACGGAAUUAUGAAGACAGACGAUUUACUACCAUUUAUUUGUGAUACUGCCCUCCGCAAAUAAAAUUAAAUGAGGCAUUCGUGCCUGAAAUGUUUGUUAUUUGGCAAAACGUUUUUAUCAGUGGCUGCACGAAAAAUAAAAUGACGCGAUUUUAUCAUCAAAAAGAAAUAAAACGCGCUCUCUAUUAUGUGGAUAUUAUGUGAAAAUUAACGCCAGACUGCAUGUUUUUGCGCGAGCUUUUUGAUAUUUUAGUUUUCUAAAAAUGAAAUGUACCGAUUUUAUAUAAAAGCUUGCUGCAACAAAGAACAUGCAUUCAUAGGAGAGGAUUGCUUGCUACCUCAAGGUGACAGUCAGUCAGCGCGCGGCAGCAGCCCUCCAGACCUCGGCCUCCGGGGAGCGACUGACCGAGCGGAUGCCCUAGGCUGCACGGCGGGAGCGGCAGGCUCGACCAUGACCCGGCUGAUGUUGGGCCGGACCCUGGAGCGGAUCUGCAAGGCUGUCCUGCUGCUCUGCCUGGUGCACUUCCUGAUCAUGAUGUUCCUGUACUUCGACGUCUACAGCCAGCGCUUUGACCAGAUCUUCAGCCGCUUCAACAACGGCCGCAACGCCAGCCGCAGUGGACACCACUACUACUACAACCUCAGCCGACCCAACGCCACGUUCACCAGCUACAUGGCCACCGCGGACCAGCUGUUGCCCAGUGUGCGACCCGAGGGCAACCGCACCCCACCCACUGCCAAGCCCAUUCCGCCAUGCCCGGAGAUACCCCCAGGCCUCGUGGGGCGCCUCCUCAUCGAGUUUGCCUCCCAGUUGACGAUGGAGCGGGUGCAGAAGGAGAACCCCAAUGUGACGGAGGGCGGAAGAUACACCCCGAAGGACUGCCGUGCCAAACAGAAAGUGGCCAUCAUUAUCCCGUUCAGACACAGGGACAACCACCUCAAGUACUGGCUGCACUACCUGCAUCCCAUCCUGAGGAGACAGAAGAUCGACUACGGGAUCUAUAUCAUCACACAGCUGGGUGAGGACACCUUCAACCGAGCCAAGCUCUUGAAUGUUGGCUAUACUGAGGCCCUGAAAGAUGCAGAGUACGAUUGUUUCAUCUUCAGCGAUGUGGACCUCAUCCCGAUGGACGACCGCAACCUCUACCACUGUUAUGACCAGCCACGACACUUUGCCAUUGCAAUGGACAAGUUUGGUUUCAGGCUUCCGUACGCUGGAUACUUUGGCGGGGUUUCUGGGUUGAGCAAAAAACAGUUCCUCAAGAUCAAUGGCUUCCCCAAUGAGUACUGGGGCUGGGGAGGAGAAGAUGAUGACAUUUAUAACAGGAUCACACUGAACGGGAUGAAGGUGUCUCGACCUGAUGUCCGCAUCGGCCGCUACAGGAUGAUCAAACACGAGAGAGACAAGCACAAUGAACCCAACCCACAGAGGUUCAACAAGAUCCAAAACACCAAGAACACCAUGAAGAGGGACGGCAUCAGCACAUUGACAUACCGGGUGGUCCACUUCAAGAAGUACCCCCUCUACACUAACAUUUCCGUGGAGAUCGGCAAGCCCCCGCCCCGGCCAUUCAGGGGUUAAACAGAUUGGUUGAGGGGAGAUAAUUGGGGGCAGAUCCAUAAUUGCACAGAAGACAGCCUCCAUAUCCGCCUCCCUCAGCCUGACCCAAUCCCGGACAACCCCCGCCCCCCCCCUUCGGCCCAGACCCCGCCCCGCCGACAGCUCAGCAGUUGCAGCGAGCCACUAAGGCGGCUGGGAUUCUGACUGACUAGCUGUCGUGGAGGGGGCGGGGUGGGGGUUGAGGGGUUAUGCUGUGUCUGUGCCCUAACAACACAAAGCAACAGGGUUCAAGAGGAGACACGUCAGGCUUGAUGGUUGACACGUCCGGGGUUGGGCCUGGGGUCCGGAGGUACUGCAGCGGAACUGAGAACGGCCCGGUUCUCUCGGAUGAUCCAUCAGCCCCGAUCUCUCUGAGAAUCCAUCAGCCCUAUGUCUCUGAGAAUCCAUCAGCCCUGAUCUCUCUGAGAAUCUUUCUGUCAACAGGACGUACUGUAUGGGCGCAAAAUGAAUGUGUAUUGUCUUUGCUUGCAUCCAAUGCAGGCGCUCCCGCCCACCUCCCAUGUCUCUGACACUGAGAAACUGCGAUAGAGGAGAGCAACAAAGUGCACCGACUCCAGUUUGUCUUGGGGGGGGGUUCUUUUUUUUUUUUAAAGACAUAGAAUUGUCACUCUCUGCAGAUGGAAACAAGGUUGAGAGACAUCCAGCCAGUAUAGACCCACCCACUAGUGGAAGGACCUGACUAUCCAAGGGACCGUUUCUGACCUUUCUGUGGAGACAAGAGGCACAGUAGAUGGAACAGAAGAUGACAUUCCAGCACGUUCUGAUGGGUGAUGGCCAGAGACUUGCUUGUUGAUGUGUCUUGCUCACAGAGAAGGUUUGGGUAGAUGGACACGUAAACCUCUGCUGUAUGACAAUGGAGCCCUGACAGUUUUAGAAUAGGCUCGUCUCUGUUUCGAAACAAGACUUUUUGCUCAAUUUUUUUCCUUUUCUUAAAAUGCCAUCCACAUUUUGGGAGAAAAAAAUAUAUAUUAGGCAUUGAUAUGCUAGUGGUGGAAAUUGAGAAUAUUGUUGAUAAGGAGAGUCUAGUAUGGUGAAUAUUUGCAUUGUAGCAUUCAUUCCAUCCAAGGCCGAAGCACACUGCACUGAGGUGAUAAGAACAGAACUGAAGUUGGUUAUUUCUUCAGGUUGAAUGAUUCCCCUUUGAAUAUAUAGCCCACAAAUAGUGAGAAAAUAUCAAAUAUAAUUUAACUAUUAACACCACCAGUGUAUGAAAGCCUUUUAAUGUCUUAAGUAAGUUAGCAUUUUUCUUCUUUCACUUUUUUCUCCUUUCUUUUUUUGUACUGCCUAAACACCAAAUGGAUGCCUUCAGAAUUUGUAGGGGCAAUGAUAAGGAAUGCUGCAUUCUGGGAUUUUUUUAUUGACAUUCCUGUUGUGUGUAGUGACGUGAACAUCUCUUUUGUACUACCAACGGUUUUCUGGGCUAGGCUUGAGACAGUGAGUAUUUAGAGAUGCCCGGAGCAACCUUUUAACCCUCUGUUUAUUUUAAGAGCCUUUUAAUAUUUGAGUGCAUUUCCCUUUUUUUCCCCUGACAACACCCUCCACUGCUUUUUAUUUCUCUUCCUGCUUCAGCUGUCUUCUCUCGUGUGUAUGUGUGUAUGUAUGUGUGCGUGUGUGUGUGUACUGUAUGAACGAAACACACAACGUGUUUCUGUACUCUGCCAUCUGAUGAAUACACAGACAGCUGUGUUUCAAGCACACUGAUCCUCCAUAGAAAUAUCAGGAGGACUUCAACAAUCAUCUUUCAUUCUGCUGCCUUUUCAUUUUGAGUGCAUUACUGGUUUUGACUUGCUGUGCCCUUGGAAAGUAAAUACUCUUCUCCCUGUUCUACGUUGGAGACCAAUGGACUUUUACACUACUGUAUUUUGUGUGCCGUUGCCUCUGUCAAAUGGGUGCAAUAUACAGUGCUAUGACUGUGCCCCGCAAGAUUUUGUUCAUGGAGUUUUUCUUUUUAUAUUCUUGCCUAUGGUUCCGGCACCGUAUGAUUCAUCAGGCUGACAAGCUUCUGCUUUUAUGUUCUAUGUUGAGGAAAUAAUGCUCCAAAAAGGCUAAAUAUAUUAGUUGGCCUGUGGUAAGGAGCUUUUCUAUCUAGCUUGUAUUAUCAUUGCCUAAAAUCUGUUUAGGAGGACGAGGUCAAUACGGAUGGCGUAGCACACAACCCUAAAACACACCCGUUUGAUUCACCGCUUUCAUUAAAUGAAAUUCUCUUUCCACUUUUAUGGGUGGUAUUUUCCAAGUGGUGGUCAAAUGUGCUGUUUAUAUCGAGAGCCUGGGCUUUUUUAUUUUAAUCAUAGUUAAAUCAGUCAAUGAUGGCGCUGUACAGUCGAUGGGUGCUUGGUUAACUGCAAGGUAGACCACGGGAUUGGUUAACUGCAAGGUAGACCACGGGAUUGGUUAACUGCAAGGUAGACCACGGGAUACGAUUUCUGUACAUAUCCGACUUGUAGAUUCAGCCGACAACUAGUCAUCGUGUGUGGCAGGUGCAUGAACAGACAUUUGUGUAGUGAACAGGGGAACUAGUCCAACGGCCCUCUGCCCAUGAGGACGUCUCCAAGAUCAACCCGACUUUGUCUGUCUAGUCGGGAAUCCUGUUGGUGUGUCCAUAAUGAUAUCCUGUUUGGCCUGCUGGAGGUUUUGGAACCUGGUAACCCACGUAUAGUCACACUGCUUCACGCUGCGGGUAGUAAGUAAUACAGAAUUGAUAUGAUGCAUAUUGGCAGGGGGACCUUUUAGCACAAGCUGAGACAACCUGACUGCAAGUGUCCUCCUUUCACUACUGGUCAGCUACAAACCAAUGAGAAACCACCGAGUUCUAUAGGCCCUGAUCCAAAGUUGUGCACUGCAGGCGAUAGGGUGCCGUUUGGACCACAGGCCGUCCUCCUCGCAGUCGAGUAUCGCCGUCUUCACUUUGGUCCUGGUAAUGGAUAAUUGCGGGCAAAUAUAUUUUUUUCCGUGUUCAUUUUUACGAGGCAGCCCUUGAGGUGCCCCCCCUGCUGCCAGUGACCACCCUUUGGAGAACGUCUGAAGUUCUGUCUUCAUCCUUCUCCUGUUGGCAGACACUUUGCACGGCUUACCCCUUCUCAUACGUUUCAGCCUGAUGCCCAUUGAGCAAUUUCUUGGCUCAAUGUCAGAGCAGUCAUUUAAAGGAUAUGGUGGAUAACAGGAAGAGGAACAUGAUGGGAUUAGGGCAUUGGAGACAACAUCACUACUGACUGCCUUGGGCCUUCAAGCCUGAGUGCAUUUUUAAAGAUUUACUGUAUCUAUCUAGGUUUUGUACAUUGAAUGUUGAAAAUGUUAUAUCUUAUAUAGAAUGCAUAAUGUCAUAUCAAACCCACUUUUUCUAUACAAUCAAUAAAUCCGCUGGUUAAUGAGAUACA